AUGGAUGCGGUGGAGCUGCCGUUACCAGCCAAGGUGGAGUUCGGGAAGAUCCUGGCGCCGGCAGCCGCGGUGGAGGGGGUGGACGGGCCCGUCGUCGGUGGUGGUGGCCCCGGAGGCGGGGGCGGGGAGGUGCUCAGGCGCUGCGCCGACGCGGAUCGGCGGCACGGUGGUGAUGUGAAGCAGCACAACCAGAAUGCAGAAGGCUUUCCAUCUUAUAGAAGUAAAAGGACGUCUUUGGAAGUCCCUAUGCAGAAAUCUCUUGGUUUUGGCUUGAAGUCUGAAAACGGCAAACGGGAUUAUAUUGCAAAUGAUACGGUUCAAUCCUUGCAUAAGCAAGAUAGUAAGAUAGUGACAAAAAAGACCAUAAAGUUGUUGGACGGUCCACCUUAUUCAAAAAGGCCAAAGCUUGAGCCAGUACAAACUGGUAGAGAUGCUGAGGCUAAGGGACAUGAAUUCAUAUCACAGAAGAAUGUGCCUGAUUUGACACCAUGCGCAGCAUCUGAAAAAUCUCGGUUGCUCAAGCAGAAGCGCAUUUCUGAUGCAAAGAGAAUUGAUAAGAAGAAUAUUAUGUCUGGUGUCAGAUCAAAAUAUGAUUGUUUCUCAUCAAAGGCUGGUCUAGCAAAUUUUGAUUCUGGUUUCUCAGGAAACAGCGUACUUGGAGCACAUGGCCUUAAAUCUGAUGUUCGUGACAUCACAAAUCACAUUGAGAACCUCUCAUUGAGCGAACUUCUUGAUGGCACUUACAAGUAUUCCAGCUUAGGAAGAGAGAAAGGAAAGAAGGACUCUAAUAUCAUUCUGAGCCCUAAACUUCCUUCUGCAAGCACUUCUAGCUGUGAUAUCAAAGAGCAAUGUGGUGACAAGCCAUCUCCCUUGGUUAAGGACUCAUCACAAAUCAAUGUCUGUGAUACUGCACUUCGUCAUCCAAAAGAUAUCUUAAGCCGUUUAACACUUCCUCAUCAACAAGAUUUGGACUCUCUUUUAGCACCUGGAAGUGAGAGCACAGCUGGAGUUAAGCCUUAUAUGCCUUCCAUGACAGUUCAUGGAGCUAGUUUGCCACCAUUUCCUUGGUCACACUCACAGGCUGGGGGCUGUCGACAAAGUGUUGACUGUGGUAAACAUGGGUCAAGUAGGAGUAACUCCCAGUGGCAAUGGGUGCGGGUUGGAUCCAACCUCACUCCUCUAGAUUAUGAAGAUACUUUUGUCCAUAGAAUUGAUGAUCUCCUUCAAGAGAUGGAUGCAGUGAAAUUAUGUAUAACGGAUUCAUGUGAUGGACAAUAUAAUUUGUGUGGCACGGAAUCAACUUCCGGAUCACUUGUACAGAACAUUCACUCAAGAAAAAUUGGGGGUGAGCAUGGUUCUCACCAACUGCAACCCCUGGAUCAUGUUGACUCUUUAGAUGGUUUCCAGAAGCAUGACAGUGAACAUUCUCUUUUAAAAACUUCUCAAGUAUCGCCAAAGAUACAGCGUGCUGCUGAGAUCUUAUGUGAUAUGAAAAGAAGCACUGAAUCAUGGAGUGGCCAAGGAUACAGCAAUGGGGCAAUUAAGUGGCCAAAAUCACCAUCAGAAAAGGUGAUGAAAGCCCGGAAGCCCUCAUCCCAGUUUGGUACAACUGAGAGCUCGUCAGGUUUUCGUAACAAUGAUGCAACUUGGAAUGGGAGCAGUCACCCUACCAAGAAAAUUGUUGACAGGAAGAAUGAUUCUGCACGCUUGAAUAAUCCUGGUAAGGGAACCAUAAGGUGGCCUGUGCCUGUUGAAGAUAGUGCUUCUCCUGUCAGGUCCAAGCGGGGUCUUAUGGUCGAUACGAGGCAGCCCCAUGGAAACGGUGGAAGGCAUCCGGUCCAGGUGUCAUCACAGGCACGGCUUGAGAAGGAGUAUGAGAACCAGCAGAAGUUGAGGAAAGCAACACUGACCUCUUCUCUAGGAUCUGCAGGAGAUUGGAAUAGGAGAAUGUGA